CGUUCAUUUGAGAGGUGGUGUGUGCGUUUUUGCAAUGCCUGAACCAGCGAAGUCUGCUCCUGCCCCGAAAAAGGGCUCUAAAAAGGCGGUGACCAAGGCUCAGAAGAAAGAUGGCAAGAAGCGCAAGCGCAGCCGCAAGGAGAGCUACUCCGUGUACGUGUACAAGGUGCUGAAGCAGGUCCACCCGGACACCGGCAUCUCGUCUAAGGCCAUGGGCAUCAUGAACUCGUUCGUCAACGACAUCUUCGAGCGCAUCGCGGGCGAGGCGUCGCGCCUGGCGCAUUACAACAAGCGCUCGACCAUCACGUCCAGGGAGAUCCAGACGGCCGUGCGCCUGCUGCUGCCCGGGGAGCUGGCCAAGCACGCCGUGUCCGAGGGCACCAAGGCCGUCACCAAGUACACCAGCUCUAAGUAAACGUAGUGUGUAACAGCGCUAGCGAUUACAAAAGGCUCUCUUAAGAGCCACCCACGUUGUCUCAAAGAUCUGUAACUCCAAAUGUGAAAAUGGUUAGGGUAGUCAGUGU